GUCCUUCUGAGAAAACAGAAGUGAAGGGUGGACAAAGUUGAAGAAAGAAGAAAGAAUGGGCAAUGAAGCUGUUUAUUGCAGCUUCCUCCUCCUCCUCGUUUUUGUAACGCUUGCUCCUGGAGUAAGCUGCCAUGAUCAUGUCGAUGAUGUUCUUCGACUCCCCAGCAUGAAGCAAACAGAAGACGAUAAGCAUCAAAUCCCCGACGCAUUUGAAAAGGAGCUAAGAGAUUUGAAGAAGGCGUUCGCCGUCAUGAAGGAUUUCGAAAUCGGAAACAAGAGGACUUUCUAUAUUCCUUACGUAGAACGUCAAUCUUUCGGGUUCUUCCCUGAAGAGCGAACCCGUAGCAUUCCGUUAUCAUCCAAGGCGCUUUCCCAGCUUCAGCGGUACUACGCCUUGGACCCCGAUUCUCCCCUACUCGACGCCUUCAAACGAGCACUCGAGUUCUGCCAGGGUGAACCUCCAAAAGGAGAGGUCAACGUCUGCGCCACCUCUCUAGAAUCCCUGCUCGAUUUCGCAACCGCCGCCUUCGGACCGGAGUACUCCGCGGGCCAAACCAGAAUCCUGAUGUCGCCUCCGGUUCCCAAGUCAAACCGCCAACUCCAGAACUAUACUGUGGUGGGAUCCCAAGUGAUAGCGAGCGGGAAGAUGGUACCGUGUCAUUUCCAGCCGUAUCCUUAUCCGAUGUACUAUUGCCAUUUCGAGCUUGGCGGCACGAACAAAUUGUUCAGGGUUUCCCUCAACAGCGGCGACGGCGAUAAGGUGACUGCAGUUUUCGUUUGUCACUUGCAUACCUCUUCAUCGGACGCCCAUCAUGAUUCAUACAGUAAACUGGGGUUUAAGACAGGGUAGUCGGAAGUUUGCCACCUUUUGCCGCCGCAUGAUAUGGUUGUGCUUCCCAAGUAAAAAUAACACGCUUCAUAUCCUAUGUAUGUAGUAAUCCUCCUUCCACUGCGUGUGAUGGUACCAAAA